UGAUUCUCAGAUACUAAGAGUAGCAAUGAUGGAGUACAAUGUCUCUAAAUAUCCACAUUUUGAUAAUCCAUGGGAUAUGCUAAUUGACUGCGACAAUGUGAAACGAGGAAGUCCAAAGUCAACUCCAGCGUUGUGCAACAUUGCAACACUGAAUGGUAUUCUAUGCGCCUACAUCUUGCCUUUCAUAGUUCUAUUCAAUGUCAUCUGUAAUGUGAUCAAUGCUGUCAUAUUCCUUCACGGUUAUCAACAAAAAACAAGACAAGUUAUCUAUCUCGGAGUUCUUUCUUUAAUAGAUCUAUGCGCUUGCCUUCUCGAGACUACAUUGAGAUUAUUCCCCGCCAAAGGUAUUCCAUAUGCAUCUAACGGAACUAUAUUCUUCUCCAUAAACAAUACUUCAAGUAUCGGAUGUAAGUUAUAUCGAAGUGCACUAGGAUUGUUGAAUACAUUCAGAGGGAAUAUGUUAAUUACCACAAUGCUUGAUAGAUUGUUAGCUAUUCAAUACCCUCUGCAAUUUAGCCGAUUUACUUCACGAAAUGCUUGGUAUUUUGUGUUGAGUACCUUCAUAACAGCUGUUCUUUUAAUGAUACCUAUCAUUGUGCAGUCCGACUGGACUGUGUCUUCCAAUAAAACUUCAUGUUAUAAGGUACCAUCUAAUCGAUUUCUCUACCUUUAUUAUGGUCUAUUCUCCGGAGCAUGUUUUGCUCAAACUGCAAUCAACGGAUUACUGAAUGGAGUACUAUUACUUAAAAUAUACUUCUGGUUGCAACACAGACGUCAAAUAGCCACAUCAACACAGUCAACUAAAUCCAGCGAACUUUCAGCAUGUAUUCUACUGCUGAUUAUUUCAGGAACAACAUUUCUGCUGUCUAUCCCAGCUAUUUCGAUCGCGUAUUUUGCAAUAUCGAAUCCAUUCUCAAAAGAUCCGAAUAAUGCAUUUAUCAAGCUACGUGUCAUGCUGGAUUUAAGAGAUGUAUUUUUGAUUCUCACCUAUAUGCAGUCAAUAUUUAAUACAGUGAUUUAUAUCUGGCGAAUGGAACACUUUCGUCUAUUAUUUUUGUGUAUUGUUCAGUGCAAAAAUAUUCGUAAAUUUAGACGUACACUUAAAAAGUCGUCAAAUGCUAGUCAUCGCCAAAUCGCUUAA